CCAAUUCUAAACACAUAGAUUUCGCGUCGACUUCAGCUGCAGUCAACAUCUGCGCUGCGACGCUUUUAGUCACUCACUUGAAAUUGAGUGAGGGAAUGUGGUUCCCAGUGGCAACGCUACUUCUUGGCCUCACCGCUUUGACCGCUGCAUCUGACGCGCUUUGCCCUGCCAGCUGCACAGCUACUGUGGAUGGUUCUUCUUGGCCCUGCCGCUAUCACAGCAACAAUUGCAUGGUCAAUAUAUCGUUCGAUGACACACGCUCUUCGGCUUCAGUCGAAGACAUCAAUGUGGCCAUCAUCAACCCCUAUGAGGGCGGAUUGGGGGAUCUUAUGACGAUGGUUGAGCCCUCCAUCAGACAAGCGUUGCAGCAGAUUGAGGAGAGUAACCUGCUGCCCGGCUAUCGGCUCAAUGCAUACGUCGCAGAUUCCAAGUGCACAGAGGCGGAUGCGGCGCAAGCCACUGUUGCAGCUCUGUCCACGGGACCCAAGAAGCAUAUCCUCUUCAGCGAUUCCUGCAGUGCGGCUUGCGAAGCAGUCAAUGACGUAGCGCAGUAUUGGAAUGUCUUGCAGGUAGGGCCUGGCUGUAUCUCAGUGAGCCUGAGCAACGCAGAGCGUUACCCUUUCUUCACGAGGAUGGCUCCCUCGUUUCGUUUCAAUGUCCUUUCCAUCUACGAGAUGUUAAGGUUUUUGGGCCUCCAUCGUGUGGGCAUCGUUUACGGCUACCGGAGCAUCAACAUCUUGGCCAAGGACCUGUUCCUCGCAUUGAUGCAAAAAGAUGUGGAUGACGGUAGCUACUCAUGGACGCCAUUGUAUACCAAGCAAGUCCAAGUUUUGGAUGAUGCCAAAGCGGCGGUGGAGCUGGUGAGUGACCGGGACGCGCGGAUCAAUUUUAUGGCUCUUUACGAGGUGGAGGGAUCUAUGCUGCUUUGUCAGGCGUACCAGCGUCAGAUCAUGGCUCCCUCCUUCCUUUGGCUUGCAGCAGCCGGAUGGUGGAACCGGAACUACAUCACUUUGAAUGCUGGCACGGUGUCGUGCCCUUGCACGGCGCAGGAGUUGCAUCGAGCCUCAUAUGCGAUGAUCGCCAGUGAUCGUGGGCCAAUGCUGAAUACGGAGGAUGUUCACGGCCUUUCGGGUGUGAAGCUUGCAGACCUGUACCGUGACUACACCGAGGAAUGCGAGAGUUUCGCCAAUGGCAAGGGAGUUUGCAACCACCAGUGGGCUGGAUACUUCUAUGAUGGAAUCUGGCUCAUUGCUUCAAUCCUGCACCAAUACCUGGGGAGUGGAAACAGGUCGGUGAGUGACCUGGCUACAGAGCAGUCGCGCCAGGCUUUGUUUGACUUAUCCAUCAGAAGUGACUUCCUGGGUCAGACGGGACGGGUGCGCCAGUUCAAUGGCGUGGAUGUGGUUACUACACCCCCCUCACUGGGCGACCGCGAUGGGAUUGUUCUUCUGCGGCAGGUGACCAGCAACCCUGAGGAUGCUUUCAUCCAGCUGGCCUUCCGAACUUCCCAGGGCCUUAGUUUCAAGUCCAACAUCUCAUGGAGCCCAACGGACGCCACCAAGAUGCUUUUCUGCCAAGGCUCCGCCUGCGACUUUGAGCAAGGCUGGAUACCCGCGGAUUUUUACAAUGACUGCGAAGCGGGGGAGUUCUGGAGCUCGGACUUGGGGUGCUCACAUUGCGCCCCCGGAUUCUUCUCACCGCCUCAGAGCACAGAGUGCCAAGAGUGCAUCGAGGGCACCUACAGCAACGCGAGUGGCGCAGCAAGCUGUUCACAAUGUGAGCCAGGGAAGUAUUCCUGGUUGAGGAAAGCCACUUUCUGCUUUGACUGCUGGGAAGGCAACUUCAUGAACCAUUCUGGCGCCACGGAUUGCUACAAGUGCCCACUGAACACCUUUGCCACCGCCAAGGGCCAUGAACUCUGCCAGCCCUGCCCCCGUGGCCGCCAGACCGAGUUCGAGGGAGCCUCAGCAGAGGAGAUGUGUAAGUGUCCAAAUGGCCAGCGCGUCUCCGACGGCGUUUGCGUUGAGUGCAAGGGCUCGGAGAUUUGCCAGGGAGGUGUUUUACUUGGAUUUCGCCCAGCUAGAUAUGAGUGGAUUACAUCUUUGGAUGCUGCAGGAAGUCAGCGGGCCAGAGUGCAACUGAUCAGCAAGCUGUUUCUGUUGAUCGCCGCCAACAUUGAACCUGAAGAGUCUAUGAGCAAGCUCCUGCUGGCUUUAGACGCUGCCAGCCAGAGCCUCCACAAUGCGUUGAAUGGAAACUCCAGCCUGGGAGUGAUCUCGCCGCCCGACGCGGAAGUCCAGACGGAUUUGGAGUCCUACGGGAGCCACCUCGGGGCCUUCAGAACGCUGCUGCUGGGUGGAUUGGAGCAGAUUCGUACGGAGGGCGCUGCUUCCAUGGAUAAGCUGCAGGCCGUCAAGGAAAGCACCGACACCAUCGCAGCAGCGGCGCAGAAGGUGGUUGACUCCCUCACCAAAGCAGCCACCAGUUCAGGUGAAGAGGUAAAUGGAGUGGUUCAAGACAUUGCUGGCCGGCAGCGCGCGUUGAUCCAGAAGAUGUGCAAGGAAGCGCUGCUGGUGUCCUUUGGGGUUUCCUUGACAGAAACGUGGGCAGCGUUUCAAAACACCAUCUCCGUGUUUGAGCACUCCCACGAGGGCUUGAUCUUUGGCAUAGAGGCGGUGGGUAUCCCUGCGUUGACGCAGAUGUGCACGAUGCAGCAAAUGCGAGAGGUCAGCUAUUACUUCUCCAGGAUGCUUCAGUUUCUGAGGUUGAUCACGAAUGCCCAAUCCAACUCAGAGAGCCAGCAGGUCGCUCAGAGUGUUGUGCGGAACAUCUCCAGCCUCGCAGAUCCGUUUUUCGAUGCCAUGGUGCUGGCGGUGCAGCUCUACGUGAACGACACUGGGGAGUGCAACCCCUUGGCCACCACCACCCGAGGAGAGUGGUGGCACCUGCUGAUGGGCAUAGCGGACUUUCGCAUCGGGCUUCUCUCUGCAGUGCGCCUGUACAUGCAGGUGGCAAAUCGCAUGGCCGGCCAACUGAGCCAAGUGGAACUUGCGUCAAUUCUGCCCAGGGAGACUGAGCUGGGCAAGAGCCUUAUGCAAGGAGACAAGUCUGGCGCGUUGCCUGCGCCGCCCACCCCCGAGCUGCUGAAUGUCUUCGUGGCCACAAAAGAUCAAUGGGGCAGUCUGUCAACAUUAAUGGUGGAAGCGGUCGAAGGAGAGGAUUUGCCCGAGGUCAAUGUGCAUCGAGUGCUGCUGCUGGGUGAUCAGCUUCUGGGAGAUUUUAAUGAGGCGAUGAAGUUGACCAUAGAGGCAGCCGAGUUGGCCGGCAUCAGUUUUCAAAGCCGCAUCUUGGACCUCACCCACCGGCAGCAGAUGCGGUUUCCCCAGAUCGUCAGCCAGGCGCUCACGAUCUUUUUCAGAGAUCCAGAUAGAAGUGGCUGGGUGGAGCUGAAUGCCACGAUCUUGCAGUUCCGUUCACUUCAUUCGAAGCUACUCCUGGGCGGCUUUCCUGAGGAAGAGCACCUACAUAGCAGCAACUUCACUUUGCGAAAGGUCGGGGACGUGUGCAUUGUCCGUCAAAUGGCACGAAUCAUGGUGUACUAUGAUGAAAUGGAGCAGCUGGUCUACCAGGUUGCUCAUGCCACCCUAGAGCCUUCAGGACUUCAGAGGCUGCUUGAGCUCAACGUUCUAGGCAUGGACGCCAUGGAGGUGUGCUCCCAUGAGCUGGAGGAGUACUAUGACGGAGAGCAUCACGGUUGCGAUAACCAAAGCCUCGCAGUCGAUGAGUGGCUGGUUUUGAUUGAGGAGGUUGCUGGCUUGACGGGCUUUGGCCAGGAUGUCGUGAGUGAGCUUGUGCUGUCCCAGCAAACAAAUCCGCUGGUGAGCAGGCUUGAUGCCACAAUUGCCCAGUUGACCUCCUCGUCGCAGAGAAUAUUGGUGGGUUCUGCGCGGCCACUGGUGCCUGUUCAGCCUACUGCCGGUCUUUUCGCCCGCGUCCUUGACGUGGAAUCGGUGGUGCUGGCGUUGGAGGAGGCUGCUGGUGCAAAGGACUUGUCGCAAGCGCUCGCCCAAGGCGAAGUUCUCUACACCCAAACUCAAGACCUGCUGCAGACCUAUGUGAAGGAGGCUUUGAAGACAGACCCCUCUUGGCCCGGGAAGCGGGUCCAAGUGGCGGCCUGGCAAGCUGUCCUGGCGAAGAAGAUCUUCAAGCAGUCAAUGCUGUCGAGGUUUAACAUUUUUACUGACGAGGAGCUGAGAGCCAGCAUGCAGAAGUUUCAGCAGAACCACCAGCAGCUGAAAAACGGAGGGGGUGGCUUGGAGCCCCUCCCUUCAGAACGUCAAGAUCUCUUGGAUAUGUGGGGUAAAGUGGAUGCAGCGUGGAACCGUUUCAAUGCAUCCUUGUCCGCUAGCCAAUCGGAGAUGGACUCUGCACUUACGGAGCUGGUGGAACUCUUGGAAGUAGAUGUUAGAAGCUUCGCCAUCAAGGACGUUUUGGUGGAAGAAGUUCUGCCCUGGUCUGCAUACAUCGCCUAUUGCGUCCCAGCCUUGAUCUUCCUGGUUUGCGUUUGCUGCGGCAUUUAUGUCUUCAUGGAAAUCAGACUUUGCAAUGCUCAAAAGGCCGAAUCAUCCGUGUCCGGCAGUGUGGUGUGACCGUACCACACCAAAGGUGUGAAGCAGGGAGCACCGACUUGGCUUGAGAGGUGGACUGCUUUCUCUUGAAGGUCCAAUUAGUCCCCGGCGUGAGCCGUGCAGAAUCUCUGCAACACUAAUCUGGACCGCUGACGGCUCGAACCGAUCGAAUGACAUUUAUCAGAGCUAUAUGUAACAUAUAAUCACGCAAUCUAGCUGGCAAGCCGCAGUUUUUCGCAAGAGGCCAGUCAAUCACUGUUAUACAUCUGUUUUCUCCGCUCACUGGCUUGAGAAGAGAACCUUUCCGUCGCAAGGACGGCCUUACGAAGAGAAGAGCAC